ACUGAUCUGAUAAUCAGGUAGCGGGUGUUCUCCAGGUCUGAGAUAUACUCACCGAGUUACGUCAGCGUAAUUCUGAGAACCGGAUCAUCCACGCGCAUCUCGCAAACAACUGAAGCUGAUCUCUGCUUCCCUUUUCUCCUUUAUUCCCCUUCCACCCGACAUUCUCCCCACUAAAAACAGUAUGUCGUCAGUUGGUCCAACAGUCAAACCCGAGCCCGUCAAAGAUGAACAAAACUUCGACGCCGCGGGCUUCGAAGACGACGAGGAUCUGAGCCCGGCCUCUGUCCCAGGCGAGGCCGGUGAUGAGGACGAGGAUGUAUAUGAGGACUCUGGCGAUCUCGAUAUGUCGGCUGCGGGACACAAGGUGUGGCUUGUGAGAAUGCCGAAGUUUCUGAGAGAUCGCUGGUUGGAGAUGGGAAGCGACGGGCGGGAUCUGGGGACUGUCAGACUUAACAAUCCAAAGGAUAUCCGAUUACUCCUAGCCGACGCCCCCGAGAUGAAAGAUCUACCCCACGAAUACAAACUAUCAGUCAUAAACCAAAAAGUCGCAAACACCUAUGUCUUUGCGGAAGAGAACCUCGCUCGUUUCCGCGGAAGCAGCAAGGAUGCCGCGGCCGAUCCGGCUCGCGACUCACAGGGCGGAAACGGCGCCGGAUCAAGCAACGGGUCGGCGUAUCAGUCAAAGAAGAGGAGAUAUCAGCCGUACCGACGGGUUAACAUUCCAAAAAAGACGUCAAUUGUUGGAACGGUGGCACACGACUGCUCACUUACCGUCUCGCCGUUUGACAAAAACUACAAAUCAUUCGUCGAGCAGCGGCAGCAGACAUUCAACAACACCGCUCCGCGCGCACAGGUGACGUUGCUGGAUGAGAUCCCCGGAGUCACGCUCGCGAUGGCGGGACCGAGUAUGAAGCAUAGCAACAGCAUGUUUAUGAAGGCGCAGAAGCGCGAGAAGGAACGCGCACAGGAAGGAAAAGCCGCGAGAAUCCCGAGGAACGAGCUCUACGAUUUACUGUUCAAGCUUUUUGAGGAGUACGACUAUUGGAGCAUGAAGGGCCUGCGCGAGCGCACACGACAACCGGAGGCGUAUCUGAAAGAGCUGCUGGAGUCGGUCGCGAUUCUGAACAAAAAGGGACCGUAUGCGUUAAAGUACAGUUUACGACCCGAGUAUAAAGGCAGGCGAGACGCUCCUCCACCUGAGGUUAAUGCGCCUGCUCCCGAGGCUACUGAGUAAGUGCCCGGUUUUGUAUAAUAGAAUUCUGUUGAAUGAAGUGAAUGAAUGAAU